CUGAGCUCCCGCUGUGUGGGGCAGCCCGCCCGCCGCAAGAGAGAGCGGGGUGGGCGGCUGCCGGGUGGGUUGCCCGCCGCCUCUCGUGGGGGGUGGGCAGCGCGCCUCCGGGCCGCCUCCGCAUGGGUGAGGGUCCCCGGCGGCCAGGCCUUCGGCUCCGCCGCCUUUUCGGCGGUCGGCUUGGCCUGUCAGCGCUCCCCGAGCGGGUUGCGGGGGCUGCGGAGUUGCCGCGGAUUCGUGGCCGGCUGAAGAUGCGUGCUCAUCCGUAGCCCUGGGCGGCCACUCCUCCUUCAGGGGUGCAAACUGAGCACCCGGCUAAAUUCCACAGGAUGUCGCUGAGGUAGCUCUGGAAAAGUCUGUGCAACCCGUUACACAAGACAGCCCCAUAAAGGUUUAGAUAAAUGGACUAUAAGAAAAUUGCAGAUGAAGUUUCAGAAAAAAUUUUGUCAUACAGUCAAGAUACUUCAGGAUGGAGAGUGAUAAAAAUUUCAAAAAAUGUUACAGUUUCUUCAAAGCCUUCAAAAGAGUAUGCAGGAAAUAUAUACCGUGGAGAAGGGAUAAUUAAGGAAGUCCCUAGUAAAAUUAUUCCUUUUAUGUAUCUUCCUGAAUAUCGAAACAAAUGGGACAAAGCAUUACAAUCUUACAAGCUGUUAGAAAGGAUUGACCAGGACACUGGUAUAUACCACAGUGUAACACACAGUUAUGGUAUGGGACUGAUAUCAUCAAGAGAUUUUGUUGACCUGCUGCAUGUUAAACCAUACCCUGGUGAUAUCCUUACAACUAACUCUGUCAGCGUGGAAUACUCCAGCUGCCCUCCAACUCCCUCUUGUGUCCGAGGCUAUAACAAUGCCUGUGGAUAUGUGUGUUCACCUUUGCCCGAGAAUCCAGAGCAUUCUAAGCUAGUUGUAUUUAUUCAGCCAGAACUAGGAGGAAUGCUUCCAGGUUCUGUAGUGGAGACAGCAUUACCUACUACUCUCAUAAACUUAAUCACUGACACAAGAGCUGGACUGAAAGGCUUGAAAGACCAUGAUUAAACUUUAGGUUUCUUGGUGCUUCACGGAAGACCACAGUACUUUCAUGCCACUGCAAAGACUGUGAAGCAUAUGCUUUGAUCAGACUGCAACAUCGUAGAACGAGCAAACAAACCAACACAACAGUCUUAUUUUACAGGACUAUGAGAAGGACAGAUCUCUUGAUGUGUACUGGAUGGUAAGAACAUUUUAAAACCUUACAGAUGUUUUUCCCUGUUGUAAUAUCGCUCUUAAUUUUGGGCCUUUCCAGGCAAUCUUACUCAUGAAAGUGCUCUUUAUGCAAUAGUCAUUUUAUGAUGUACUUUCUCCACUGAUUGUAGACACUACUGACUGCCUCGCGUUCAUUCUUAACUUCUGGAUGGAAUAAAGCAUGCUUUAAGCAUGACUGUGUCAGAAGGCUCAGGCUCAUCUGUGGAGCUCAUCCCUCUCCCUGCCCGUGUACGUUAUAAACCAGCUUCAAUCCCCACAACUGCUCAGACACGUCGGCAAGCGCCUGUACUUGUGCUCAGGAGGAUUUAUUAAUGUUGCAGUCACAGCUACACGGAGUCUAGACUGCAUCUUGCUCACUCGGGAUGUGGUUACAGCUCCGCUGCGCCUGCCUGAAUCUCACCACACAGGCACGUCCUUAGUUUAUUCAUGACCUUAGUUUCUUCUGCCUGAAUACACAUAAUCUCCAAAUUAACAGCAAAGUAACUCAUACCU